UCCCUUUAAAUAGCAUCGGACACCCCAGCCUCCCACCAUCAUCUCUCGCGCGCGCGCGUGCAUCUGCUCGCGAUGCACAGCAACGCAAGGAUCGUAGGGAAUGGAGAGCAAACUGUGGUGUUCUCGCAUGGCUAUGGAGGGAGCCAGUCGAUUUGGGACGACGUGGUCCCGCACCUGUCCCAAAGGUAUCAACUCCUGCUCUUCGACUGGAACUUUUCCGGUACCGCCGACAACUCCGGCAAGGCCUUGGAGCUGGCCAAGUACUCCUCCUUCACUGCCUUCGCCGAUGACCUCAUCUCUCUCAUCGACGAGAUGAACCUCAACGGCGUCAUCUUUAUUGGCCACUCCAUGUCCGGCAUGAUCGGUUGUAUCGCCUCCGUUAAAAGGCCCGAUCUCUUCAGCCACCUCGUGCUCAUUGGAGCGUCGCCCAGGUACUUGAAUUCGGAAGAUUACGAAGGAGGAUUUGAGAGAACGGAGGUGGAAAACAUGUUCACCAAUAUCGAGUCUAAUUUCCAGUCAUGGGCUGAAAGCUUCGUCAGACUCGUCAUCGGAGCAAAUGAUCACAUCUUCAUCGAGAAAUUCAGGAGAAGCUUUCUGAAAAUGAGGCCCGAUAUCGCGCUGUGCGCUGCGAGGAUGAUCUUCCUGAGUGAUCUGAGGGAUGUCUUGGAGGAGGUUGAGGUGGCUUGCACCAUAAUCCAAGGCACCAAUGACGUGGUCGUGCCCACCUCCGUCGCCCAUUUUAUGCAGCAGGAGAUGAAGGGAAAGGCGACGGUGGAGACCAUAGACUCGGCCGGGCAUUUUCCGCAGCUCACCGCCCACCGGAUGCUACUUGAAGUUCUUGACAGGGUCUUGGCAGGAACGAAGGGACCGUAAAAACGUGGCAAGGCUUUCGAUGAAGGAAGAUGCUGUGAAUUCUUGUGUCCUGGGGAUGGGGUGAUGACAGUGAUGUGGGGAUAGAACCUCAUCCCAGUAGCUCGUUGUAAUGUUUCGAAUUUGAGCAUGCGAAUAUUGUAAAUUUCAUGUCACUUGGAUAAACUUAUUGUGUCGUUUGUCGGGUUGCAAAAUUGGCUAUGACAUGAAUUACGAAUCAAAGCAGCUCG